UUGAUUCAGUUCAGUUCAGUUGAGUUCAGUUCAGUCGCGGUCGAACCACCACGAGUGAGCUUUCGUUGAUUCGCGCUCCUCGGCGGGAAGCUUUCGCCGGGGCUGCGAGCUUUCCGUUUUCACAGAAAAAUCAGUGAGUCGACCGACAAUCAGCCCCGCUUCGCUCCACUUGAUGCUUUCAGAGCGAAACCACGCUCCAGUGCAGAGCUUUUUCACAAAAGGAGACGAAAUCGAGAAAAAUUUAUCCAACUGCAAUCAUGGAAUAAAUAAAUGUUUAUCAAUAAUACUAAAAGCUCAGUUCCAGUGUUAGAGUGGGCAAGCUUUUCAGUGAUUUACCCUGAGAAAAGUAUCCAUUUCUCUAACUUAAAUCAUGGAAUAUUAUAAUAUAACUAAAGUAUCAAAGUGGGAAAGCGAUUUUUCGUGAUUUUCAGAUAGUGCAGAGUGAAGGCAGAAAUAAUUAUAAUUAAUAAAUAAUCGAAGAAGGUGAAGCCAUAUUGAAAAUACAAGUUCAAUGAGGCAUUCUCGAGUGGCCUGGUUAUGUACGAAGGAUAGAUUUUUUCCUUCAACUAGGCGCAGAAGAAGGCAUGAUUGUUCAGUGCAAGUGCUUUAAUUUUAAUCAAAUAUCGUCCGACAGUGCGGUAUCAGAAUUCAAGUUUUUUACUAAAAAUUAUCAGUUUUGUGGUUGUUGUUGGUGCAAUUGCAUUUACAUUGCGAGAAAGUCUCGCGAAAGGGAUCGAAUUUGCAAAAUCAAAGAGAGAGAAGACUGAGAGAAGAGAUCAUUUUCAGAUAAUACUUCUUCCACCGGACUUUUGAGGCUUUUCAAUAAUCUACGGCAUUUUCCUUCCCCAUGAAUUCAAGAAAUUUGGAACUUUCAUUUUCGUAUUCAGCGGGAAGUACAUCUUCCUACAACUAGAUCCUCUCUCUCCAGGAUCAGUCAAUCUCUCAGCUUCAAGAAUCUCUCAUCUUCCGAACAUGAAAUCCUCAAUAGUUCGUCAGAGUUCGUCAGUAACUUAACUCUCAAAUCCAAAACUCAAGCAAGAUUAGAAAAUCAAAUGAUGUCAACCAGUCCGGUGCCUUCUGUCUCCUUGAUCAUCAGCAUGGCUCUUCCAGACAGAUUCUCAACUUUAGACCCCGGCAGAAACACAACAAACACCAACAACAAUACAAACAGCAACAACAACAGCAGCAGCAACAGAUUAGACGAAAUAGAACUAGAAGAAGUGGAUCUGCCAAUCGCAAUCCUGAAAGGCUGCAUCCUCGGUUCAAUAAUCCUUUCCGCAAUUUUUGGAAACCUCCUGGUGAUGGUCUCAGUAAUGAGGCACCGAAAACUGCGGAUAAUAACAAACUAUUUUGUUGUCUCAUUAGCAUUGGCUGACAUGCUAGUAGCAAUGUUUGCAAUGACUUUCAACACCAGUGUUCAAGUAACCGGCAGAUGGCUGUUUGGCUACUUCAUGUGUGAUGUUUGGAACUCUUUAGAUGUCUACUUCAGUACGAGUUCAAUCCUUCAUCUGAUGUGCAUUUCAGUUGAUCGUUACUAUGCAAUAGUGAAACCACUAAAGUACCCAAUCAACAUGACGAAAAGAGUAGUUGCUUACAUGCUGCUAGCCUGCUGGCUUUCACCAGCAAUCAUAUCAUUUGUUCCAAUCUUCAAUGAAUGGUACACCACCACCGAAAAUUCAGCUUUCCGUCAUCAGCAUCCGGACAGGUGUGAAUUCAAGGUCAACAAGGGCUAUGCGAUUUUAUCAUCAAGCAUAUCCUUCUGGAUUCCUUGUACAAUCAUGUGCUUGACUUAUUUGGCUAUUUUUAAGGAAGCCAAUCGUCAGGAGAAACAGAUGCACAGCCGCAUGGGAAAUGCGAUGCUGUUGAGUCAUCGACCAAGCAAGGAUUUAAACAAUGGUGAAAUUAAUAGUGGGGGAUCUUCGAAAACGUUGACGUUAAACGAGAUCAGUACGGAUCAUCUUCAUACUCCGACGAAGGAUAAAAAUAUGAUGAAGAUGAAGCGCGAACAUAAAGCGGCGAGGACUCUUGGCAUUAUUAUGGGGACUUUUAUACUUUGCUGGCUACCAUUUUUCUUGUGGUAUGUCAGCACGAGUUUGUGUGGGGAUGCUUGUGAAACGCCGAAUGUUGUCAUUGGGUUGCUUUUCUGGAUUGGGUACACGAACUCUGCACUCAAUCCGCUGAUUUAUGCGUACUUUAAUCGGGACUUCCGGGAGGCGUUUAGGAAUACCCUCCAAUGCGCUUUUUGUUCAUUGUGCAGGAAUGAACCUUCGGAUUUAGAGGCUCUUGACUUCAGAAGGCCGUCGUUAAGGUACGAUGAGCGAACGAAGAGCAUAUACUCCGAGACUUAUCUUAAGAAUAUCGACCGUCGAAGAUCGAGCGAAUAUGGGAGCAGUCUUUGAGAAGAAACCAAAUUUAGAUUUUAAGAAAAAUCCCAAUCGAAUCCAAAUCCUAGAACCUAAGAAAAAAAAUCUACAUUAUGUGAAACGAAGGAGAAGAAGAAGACGAUGAAGAAGUUUUGCCAAAAUAAAUAUUCGCGAUGUGUUGCGCAUUAGCUUAUAAAUAAUCGUAGCUUUAUAAAUUAUAAUAAAUAAUAAAUAAUAAUUAGCCAAUUAAGCAAGGACGCGUUUCGCGAAAAAAGGAGCUAGGGUUUAGCUCUCUCUUCAUCGAAACAGGGUGAUGGGCUCAAAUUAAUUAAACAUUUUUUCAUAUAGCUCUUUUCAAUCUUUUUCAUCUUUUCAAUCUUUUCGAUAUUUUCAAUCUUUUCAUUCAUGUCAAAUAAAACCCUGUUUCGAGAAAAUUACCCGUUAUGCUCAAUGGUCCUGACUGUGGGGAUGAAUCAUUCAAUUUCUUUUUCGAAUAAAUUUUAAUAUUUUUAUUUCAAUAACUUUUACCAAA